AUGGCAAAAGCGUACACACAAGCUGAGUUUGACAGUCUAAUGGAGAAGGUGGAGAAGUUAGAUAUUAGGGUGAAGGAAUACUUGGAGUUAGCUGGAUAUGAAAAGUGGGCUAGGUUGUAUGCACCUGUCAAAAGGGGAUGGACGAUGACGUCAAAUAUUGCCGAGUCAAUCAAUGCCGCACUUGUGUCAGCAAGGGAAUUGCCAAUAUACGACCUCCUCGAAGAAGUUAGGAAAAUAUUUGGACGUUGGAAUUGCAGCAAUCGGGAAAUAAACUCUACAAACAUACACAAUGCUUGGUUGAAUGAGGCAAUGUCUACACGAAUGACUGUGGUGCCAUCGACUGAAUAUUUGCAUACGGUGAACGAUGAAGGAAGGCAUUACACAGUAUGCCUUUUAGAGAAAAAAUGCAGUUGUAUAGGUUCCAAGUGCCCGUGUAUCCUUUGCCGGACCAGAAAGAAUGGAAUAUAUGCAGCAGAUGAAGUUGUAUUACCACGCAAAUGGAAAAGACCUCCUGGAAGACCAAAGAAGAAGCGUGAUAAGCCGUUCAUUGAAUUGCUGCAGAAGAAAAAUCAACAUUCGUGUAGCAUAUGUGGGCAGGAAGGACAUAAUAAGCGUACUUGUAGAAAUGCUCCACGUAGAAAUUAG